GGGGCCGCCAUGGGCUCCCAGGCGCUGCAGAUCCUGCGCCAGGGCGUGUGGGCGGCGCUAAGUGGUGGCUGGUAUCAGGACCCGCACCAAGGCGCCGGGGUCAACGCGCUACACCUGUAUCUAUGGCUCUUCCUGCUGGGCUUCCCCUUCACCCUCUACAUGGCACUUCCUUCUUCAAUGGUGAUAGUAGCAGUCUACUGUCCAGUGAUAGCAGCUCUCUUCAUUGUUCUGAAAAUGGUGAACUACCGUUUGCACAGGGCAUUGGAUGAGGGAGAAAUUGUGGAGAGGAAUGCCAAUGAACAUAUGGACAGGGGUGCUAAAAUUCAACAAGGCAAAACUUUAACCAGGAGAACAGAUAGCAAUGGGCCCAGCGACCCUGGUGGAGGGAUUGAGAUGUCUGAAUUUAUACGAGAAGCCACUCCCCCAGUUGGUUGCAGUUCACGCAAUUCUUAUGCUGCUCUAGACCCAAACAACCAGAUUGGAUCAGGGUUAUCUCGUCUUGGAACAGCAGCAACCAUUAAAGGAGAUACUGACACUGCAAAGACUUCAGAUGAUAUCAGUUUUAGUCUUGGUCGGAGUUCUAGCAUUUGUAAAGAAGGGAAUGAAGAACAAGAUUUGGCAGCUGAUCAGAAGCUUCUUCAUCUGGUCUCCAAUGACUCCUUUGUCUCCAUCCAGCCUUCAUUCUCCUCUGGACAGGAUUUUCCAAGGGACAACAGCGAUAAAGUGUGCCUCCCUAACAACCAUCAUGUGGAUCAGUCUCUGUCUAGCGCAUGUGACACUGAAGUGGCUUCUCUUGUACCUUUGCAUUCCCACUCCUAUAGAAAAGAUCACAGACCACGAGGUGUGCCAAGGACAUCCAGCUCUGCUGUUGCUUUUCCAGAUGCUUCUCUAAAUGACUUCCCCCUCUAUCAACAAAGACGAGGACUAGAUCCAGUCAGUGAGUUGGAAGCUUCCAAACCCCAUUGUGAAUCAAAAGAAUCCUUAGCUGAGAACUCUUGUAUUUCAGGAGUCUUUCAGUUAGAUGACAUCCUGAAAAGUAGCAGCCCCCAGCAGCUGGCCAAGAGCGGGAAAAGCAAAUCUCUGAAAGCCGAGAAAAGCGUGGACAGUCUGAGAAGCCUGAGUGGUAGGAGUAGUGGUUCAACAGAAAGCUAUUGCAGUGGAAUUGAUCGCGAUACAAAUAGUACAUUCAGUAGCUACAAAAGUGAGCAGACGAGCUCAACUCAUGUAGAAAAUGUGUUGUCAGAGCAUGAAGAGAUUCCUAGAGAAGAGAGAGAGAACAGCAAGAAAAAGGACUGCUGUGUUGACUCGGAAGAUGACAGUAGCUCUGCUACUGAUAAAAGAUCUAGCAGUGAAAGGACUGCUGUAGAAAUGAGCACUAAUAGUGGUGUUCAAGAGGCAAAGGAUUCUAAUACAUCUGAUGAGAUACACAGUCAAAGGGGUCUUGGUGUGUCUGCUUCAGAAGAAGCCAAUAAGAAUCCACAUGCCAAUGAACUAACUACACAAGUAGACAGGCCACCUGGGAAGGCUGCUGAUACAAGAGAUAAUCAGAGUGAGAAAUUGACUGUCUUAGUUGAUUCAAGAACUUGUAAAGAAAUGGAUGGUAAACAAAAGGAAGGAGACGUCCGACCUAAAUCCUCUAGCUUAAUCCACCGGACAGCCUCUGUUCAUAAAUCGAGCAGGAGACGGACAGGAAAAAAGCGGGCUAGUAGUUUUGACUCAAGCCGACAUAGGGAAUAUGUUUCCUUUCGAGGUGUAUCUGCAACCAAACCCCAGAGUGCUGUGUUUUGUCAUGACGAGGACUCCAGUGAUCAGAGUGACUUGAGCAGGACCUCGAGCAUGCAGUCAGCACACCAGUUCAGCAGUGAUAGCUCUUCCAGCACCACUUCCCAUUCAUGCCAGUCCCCUGAGGGCAAAUACAGUGCUCUAAAGACCAAAUACAUUAAAGAAAGAGGAGGUACAGACUCUAAUGCCCGUAAAUCCCACUUAGGCUCUGAAGGAAUUAGCAAAAAACGCUCAACACGUCGAACUUCUAAUACUAACAGUAUGAAGAGUCGUGCCAGAGUAUUAAGUCUGGACAGUGGUACUAUAGCCUGUUUAAAUAACCCAAAUAGCUUAAUGGCACCAAGUAACAUAAAACAACUAACCACUUCAAAAUCAGAUUUGGAGGCCAAAGAGGGAGAGGUGCUAGAUGAGCUAUCUCUAUUGGGAAGGGCUUCACAUUUAGAGUCAGUCACUCGUUCUAGGAAUAGUUUGCCAAGCCAAGCUAUAUUUCCUGAAGGGGAAGAGCAAGAAUCAGCAAGUGGAGCAGCACAAGCCAGCGAGGAGAUGGUCAUGUUUCACCGUGAACGCAGCACAUUUAGGCGUCAGGCAGUACGGCGCCGGCACAAUGCAGGGAGUAAUCCCACCCCUCCCACAUUGCUCAUCGGAUCACCCCUCAGCCUUCAAGAUGGUCAGCAAGGCCAGCAAUCCACAACACAGGUCAAAGUCCAGUCCCGCCCCCCUUCCCAGGCAGCUGUGCUCAGCGCUAGCGCUUCCUUGCUGGUGAGAAAUGGGAGUGUCCACUUAGAAGCAUCACAUGACAAUGCAUCUGCUGUAGGCGGUAGCAGUUUGCACGAUGAACUUGGUAAGUUUAGCUCUACGCUCUACGAGACGGGAGGCUGUGACAUGUCACUUGUGAACUUUGAGCCUGCUGCAAGAAGAUCAUCCAACAUCUGUGACACGGACUCUCAUGUAUCAAGUUCUACCUCAGUUCGAUUUUAUCCACACGAUCUACUUUCUCUUCCUCAGAUCAGGUUGAACAGGCUGCUAACCAUAGAUACUGAUCUGCUGGAACAGCAAGACAUUGACCUAAGCCCUGACCUCCAGGACCAUAUGCAACCACAAGAGGAAGCAGCUAAGAAAGUUAAACAAUACUACCGCUUUUGGAUCCUACCCAAACUGUGGAUUGGCAUUCAUUUUGAUAGACUAACCCUAUUGGCUUUGUUUGAUAGGAAUCGUGAGAUCCUUGAAAAUGUGUUAGCUGUCAUCCUAGCUAUUUUGGUUGCUUUCCUGGGUUCUGUACUCCUUAUAGAAGGCUUUUUCAAGGAUAUCUGGGUCUUCCAGUUUUGCCUGGUAAUAGCCAGUUGUCAGUACUCAUUACUCAAGAGUGUUCAGCCAGACUCUUCUUCCCCUCGACAUGGUCAUAAUCGUAUCAUAGCCUAUAGUAGGCCUGUUUAUUUCUGUUUGUGUUGCGGUCUUAUCUGGUUGUUGGAUUAUGGCAGCAGAAACACAUCUACAAGGUUCAGGUUGUAUGGAAUGGUUUUCACCAACCCAUUGCUGCUGCUCUCUGCCAGGGACUUAGUUAUAGUAUUUACGCUGUGUUUCCCUAUAGUAUUCUUCAUUGGUCUCCUGCCUCAGGUGAAUACAUUUGUGAUGUACCUCUGUGAACAGCUGGAUAUUCAUAUCUUUGGUGGCAAUGCAACUACAAGCCUGCUUGCAGCCAUUUACAGUUUCAUCUGUAGUAUUGUGGCAGUAGCAUUAUUGUAUGGAUUGUGUUACGGUGCCCUGAAGGAUUCUUGGGAUGGUCAGCAUAUUCCAGUUCUCUUCUCAAUAUUCUGUGGUUUAUUGGUAGCGAUAUCCUAUCAUCUUAGCAGACAAAGUAGUGACCCGUCUGUACUUAUCUCUUUAGUACAAUCAAAAUUUUUUCCUGAUUCUGAAGACAAAAACCCGGAGGAUCCUUUGUCUGAAGUCAAAGAUCCAUUACCUGAAAAACUUAGAAAUUCAGUGAAUGAACGGUUGCAAUCUGACCUGAUAGUAUGCCUUGUCAUUGGCGUUCUCUAUUUUGCAAUUCACGUCAGUACAGUAUUCACCGUUUUGCAGCCUGUCCUUAGCUACAUUUUGUAUGCUUUGGUGGGGUCUGUAGGAUUUUUAACCCAUUAUGUGUUGCCUCAACUCCGAAAGCAGCUUCCUUGGCACUGUUUCUCUCACUCACUGCUGAAAACCAAGGAAUAUUAUCAGUUUGAAGUCCGAAAUGCUGCCCAUGUAAUGUGGUUUGAGAAACUUCAUGUAUGGCUCCUCUUUGUGGAGAAGAAUGUUAUCUACCCACUGAUCAUCCUCAAUGAGCUCAGCAGCAGUGCCAAGAACAUUGCUAGUCCAAAGAAACUGGACGCAGAGAUUGGAGCUUUAAUGAUCACCAUAGCUGGUUUGAAGUUAUUGCGUUCCUCUUUCAGCAACCCAACCUGCCAGUAUGUCACUGUUAUUUUCACAGUGCUCUUCUUUACAUUUGACUACAAAAGUUUUUCUGAAACCAUGCUGCUGGACCUCUUCUUCAUGUCCAUACUCUUCAGCAAGCUUUGGGAACUCUUUUAUAAAUUGAGAUUUGUGUACACUUACAUUGCUCCUUGGCAGAUCACCUGGGGAUCUGCUUUCCAUGCCUUUGCCCAGCCCUUUGCUGUGCCACAUUCUGCAAUGUUGUUUGUCCAAGCAGCUGUUUCAGCUUUCUUCUCCACCCCCCUGAAUCCCUUUCUGGGAAGUGCAAUAUUCAUCACUUCAUAUGUCAGACCUGUCAAAUUCUGGGAAAGAGACUACAACACAAAGCGUGUGGAUCAUUCAAACACAAGACUCGCUUCACAGCUUGAUAGAAAUCCAGGUUCAGAUGAUAACAACCUGAAUUCCAUCUUCUAUGAGCACUUAACCCGUUCCCUUCAGCACAGCCUAUGUGGAGAUCUGCUGCUGGGGCGGUGGGGAAACUACAGUACCGGGGACUGCUUCAUCCUAGCUUCUGACUACCUCAAUGCACUAGUACACCUUAUAGAGAUCGGAAAUGGUUUGGUCACCUUCCAGCUGAGGGGACUUGAAUUCAGAGGCACUUACUGUCAGCAACGAGAAGUAGAGGCCAUCACUGAGGGAGUGGAGGAAGAUGAAGGGUUUUGUUGCUGUGAACCUGGCCACAUCCCUCAUAUGCUUUCGUUCAAUGCUGCCUUUGGCCAGCGCUGGCUGGCAUGGGAAGUGCUUGUGACAAAGUAUGUUCUGGAAGGCUACAGCAUCACAGACAACAGUGCCGCAUCCAUGCUUCAAGUCUUUGAUCUUCGUAAAAUUCUCACUACCUAUUAUGUUAAGGGCAUUAUCUAUUAUGUCACAACCUCCCCUAAGCUGGAGGAAUGGCUAGCUAAUGAGACAAUGCAGGAAGGAUUGCGGCAGUGUGCAGACUGUAAUUAUGUUGAUGUGGACCCUACAUUUAAUCCAAAUAUUGAUGAAGAUUAUGACCACCAUCUAGCUGGAGUCUCCAGAGAGAGUUUCUGUGUGACUUACCUCAAUUGGAUAGAAUACUGCUGCUCCCGAAGAGAGAAGCCGUUGGAUGCAGAUAAAGACUCUGCCUUGGUGACUCUUUGUUACGGAUUGUGUGUUCUGGGGCGAAGAGCUCUGGGGACUGCUUCCCAUCAUAUGUCUAGUAAUUUGGAAUCUUUCCUGUAUGGGCUGCAUGCCCUGUUUAAGGGCGACUUCCGUAUCUCUUCAAUCAGAGAUGAAUGGAUCUUUACAGACAUGGAAUUGCUGAGAAAAGUGGUGGUCCCUGGAAUACGCAUGUCACUCAAACUACAUCAGGAUCACUUCACUUCCCCAGAUGAAUACGAUGACCCCACUGUUCUCUAUGAAGCCAUUGUGUCCCAUGAGCACAACCUCGUUAUAGCACAUGAAGGGGACCCUGCCUGGAGGAGUGCUGUCCUUUCCAACUCUCCCUCCUUGCUUGCCCUCCGCCAUGUGAUGGAUGAUGGCACCAAUGAAUAUAAAAUAAUCAUGCUGAACAAACGUUAUCUCAGUUUCAGAGUAAUCAAGGUAAAUAAGGAGUGUGUACGUGGCCUUUGGGCAGGUCAGCAGCAGGAACUUGUCUUCUUGCGUAACCGUAACCCAGAAAGAGGGAGCAUCCAAAAUGCAAAACAGGCUUUGAGGAAUAUGAUCAACUCUUCUUGUGACCAGCCUAUUGGAUAUCCAAUCUAUGUCUCACCUUUGACUACUUCCUAUUCCGAUAGCCAUGAUCAGCUCAAGGAGUUUCUUGGGGGCGCUAUCAGUUUGGGAAAUAUCAGGAGCUUCAUAGUAUCAACAUGGCACAGAUUAAGGAAAGGUUGUGGUGCUGGCUGCAACAGUGGUGGAAACAUAGAAGAUUCAGAUGCUGGAGGUGGGGCUUCCUGCACGAGUAACAAUGCAGCUGCCAAUGAGUCGCAAAACAGCAUGUCACAAGGAGGAGGGAAUUUAAUUAUGGGGCAGAGCCCUGGAGCUGUUCUCCAUCCUCCUGUCACAUCUCACCCCUCAACACUAGGCACCAGUCACAGCUCCCACUCAGUGCAGUCAAGCCUUGUCAGACAUUCCCCUGCCCGUGCCUCGGUAGCCAGCCAUUCAUCUUAUUGCUACAGCAGUCGUCAUUCAUCACUCCGCACNUCCACUACAGGCUUUGUAGUGCUUAGAGCUUGAGUAUGCAUCCUCUGAAGCUUUGCCUCUGACUUUAGUGGGUGCAAGAUCAGUCCUUCAAAGAACAACAGUUUUGACUAGCUUCUAGGAGACCAGUUGUAGUUUCACUGUUCACCAUUCAUUGGUGACUCCAUAAUAGUCUAAAAUCAGU